GACAUCUUUCCAUCUUCUCUCUUCUCUUCUCUUACCUUUCUUUCCUUUCCUUACUCUUCUCAUGGUAUUUAGAGGGUAAUUAAUUGAGGAGAUAGAUUCGUAUCAAUCCGUUCAGUAUAAUAAUGCACUUUUGUUAAUCUUCUAAUAAACAUCUCCAUUCUUCUUACAUCUUCUACAAUUUCACAGAUUCCAUUCAUAAGCCUCGGUUCGAUAAUUAAGCUCACAUUCCCGGAUCAUCAAACUAUAGGAAAUUCAGACAUCUUUCAACCACAAUCAACCCAAAUCAAUUCUUCGGAACAAACCUCCCAAUAAUGGCGGACAAUCUUUGUGGUCCAUCUAAUGCUUUGCAGAAUUUCCAAAAGCAUUCGAAUGUUGAUCGCACUCUACAACAAGACCGAUUAGUUGGAAGAGCGCCGUCGUCGCAAGGUUUCCGAGCUUCUCCAGGUCCAAAUGCAGGGCAUCUAGAUGCUGAAUUUGCAGCUUUCCAAGCCGGCCAUCAAUCACUUAUUCCCUCACCAUCAGUGCAAAACUUCUCUCCUCAUCAUUUUCAAACUCCACCUCCUCAACACUUUCAGAACGUUGCACCACAAAAUUCUACAGGUCAAGGAUGGGCUAGUGAUUUCCAAAAUAUGAGCAUAUCUGGUCCUCAAGCACAAUUUCAACAACAAGGGGUACAUCAAAUAAAUCAACCGCAAAUGGGAGCAGGGUGGCAUCAGGAGUUUGCGCAAAGUCAUGGAGCCCCGGGAUUGAUUGCGCAAGGAAGUCAACCUGUUAUGGCAAUGAAUCGCCCUUCUAUGAUGAAUGUCGGAUACAAUCCAAUGCCUGGAGUUCUCAUGCAACAAAAUCAGUUUGCAUCCACGAGCCAGUCAUUGGUAGAAAACAAUGAAGCCUUUGAUGAUGCGGCAUUUGCUAGAGCUUUUGAACAAGCAGCUAAUGCAGAAAGUGAAAGGAUGCAACAACAGGAACUAGAGUCACAAGCUGCUAAAGCCCAAAAUGAGGAAAUUCAUGCUAUGGAUCAACAACAUGUUACAAAGGAGGCAGAAUUGGAACUCGACAGAGCGGAAAAGCAACUACUCGGCCAAAGUUUACUCGGCGCAGAUACUAUUCAAGAUCCCGCAACCGCAACAUCAGAACAAAAUGCACAUGCACCAGAUGCGCUAUCACGCACAGCUGGUGAGCUUUUAUCUAGUGUUAGUAAUAACCAAAGCGACAAGUUUCAGAACAGUCAGUUUCUACAACUCAUGCGACAAUUCCGCGAUAAGGAGGUUACGGUUGAGGGAGACAAAGUAGUAGAUGGGCCUAUGAAAACUAAACAAGGCGGUUUUGGGAAUCAAACUAGAUUUGAACAACAGUAUUUUGAUACGGUUGGAGCACCCUAGCAUAGUUUAUUGGAUUGAUCCUCUCCCUGUGGACUUUUUGCCGUUGAAGUUCUUGCCUACUUGCAUCUCGAUUGGCCCUCCGUUUCUUGAUUUUGAACUGUACAUACCUACUUGUUUGCUUAUGCGUAAUUGAAAUAUUUCCAAAACUUCAUAGAUUAAUUAAUUAAUCCGAAAUUAUACAUAAUAGACACUCA